AAGCGGGAGGAUCUCGCGUACGCCACCAGUCUUACAUCAGGGGCCACGCUAUGAUGAAUGCCCUUACUGUAUUGCUGCUGUGCCUAGCGGCCGCGUAUGCGGUGCCAGUGCACUUUUCUGCUGAGAAAACAGUGAUUUACAAUUACUAUGCCGACGUGAAGACCGGGAUUAUUGAGCCAGUGCAAUAUGCUUCCCAGUUCGCUCUCGCCGGGCAACUUCACAUAACGAAGGAUACCAGCGAUCCGACUUUAAAUAAUGCAUAUUACAUCAAAUUAAACAACGUAAGGUACGGCAUGUACAAUGGCAUGGUGAAUGUACAUCACCAACCGGUCGACGUCCUCCACGAACUCGGAGAAGCCGCACAGCAAAUCCAGGAACCGUUCGUGAUCGUUUACGACGAGCGUGGCAAGUUCCAAGGCAUCAAAAUGCCGGAAACCGAGAGCGGUUGGUCCAGGAACAUCAAGCAAGGUAUCGCCUCGAUGCUGCAACUAGAUCUGGCCCACAUCCAGAUGCAAACCCCGAUGAAGCCGCACGGUUUCAUCACCCAUGAGAACACCAUCCACGGUAUCUGCCAAGUCGCCUACGAUGUUCAUCCGAUGAGUCCGAUGAGCCCGGAGAACACUGUCUUUGUGGUCACGAAGAUGCACAAUUUGCAGAACUGCAGCCACUUCGUCCAGCGUGUCUUCGAUCAUGUCGAGUGCGAGAAGUGUCACGUGGAGUCCGUGGAUGACAUGACUUCUUCCGCCAGAAGAGUCUUCGAGAUCAAACAACAGGGCAAUGACAUUCUCAUCCAGCGGCUGGUUGCUCACUCGACUAUCAACUACUUCCCUUACAACAGCCGAUCUGAGGCUCACUAUAUCUGGACCAACACUACUUUGGACCUGCAUUCCGUAGUGCCAACGAUGGAAGUCCCUGUAUUGGCCGUGAAUGUUCAAAACGUGCCUAUCAUUCGCGAUAUCACUUUCAACAAGCCACUGGGAAAUUACGCUCUCCAUGCUGCCGAAGAUCUCACUCAUGGUCGACAUAUUGUGAAAUUGGACGCGCUCAUCCCUAAACUUAAAAAGAUGUUGGUCGAGGCUGCUGAUUACCUCGAGGAAAAUCAUAUGGAGGCCAAGGAACCCGAAUGGAAGCACGGGCAAACCAUCAAUAGGCUGCAGCACACUAUGAGUUACAUGGAUCUGGCCUCACUGGAACAAAUUUACAACGCCAUUCAGGAUUCGAAGAUACCUAAGGAAGUCACAAUGAGGAAUAUCUUCCUGCGGAUGAUUCCAACCGUGGGCACAACCGCUGCCAGCCACUUCGUACGAAAUGUCGUUCGCAAGCACAAAGUGACCGAUGAAACUGCCAUCGCGAUGUUGGUGAAAUUGCCGAUGCACGUCAAAGUACCGUCCGAGAGAUUGCUUCUCGAAAUGGAGGAUCUGUUGAAAUUGGGUAGCACCGUGUCACCGCAAGUCAGGAAGGCCAGCAUCCUCUGCUUCUCCAUUUUGAUUCGCAAGACGUUCAUACAUCAGCGCAGCGACAUCGUCAACCCUCUUCUCGAGAGAUAUCUUCACCGGUUCCUCGAUCAUGUAAAGAGUAAGCAUUGCGUUAUAUUAAUUUUAUCAUUUUUAACAAUGUGUACGCAUCACGUAAUCCUUCUCGAAAAUAUUUCAGACGAGCAAUCAUACGAAAUGAGAAUGGUGUAUCUGAUGGCGAUCAAGAACGUGCAAGUGGGUAACAUCGAGAAGCUCCUGGAGCCGAUCAUCCGCGGCGAACUCACGAUAUCCGAGAAUCCACAUCACAUUCGCGUUCAAGCGAUCUGGGCCAUCGAGAAGGCAGUCGCGGAUAAAAUCGAGUACACUCACAAUCUGCUCUGGCCUAUUUUCGCUGAUGUCAAUCAACCGCUGUCCACCAGGAUUGUCGCCUAUGACGUACUGAUGAGCCAGAUGCCGAACAUGCAACGUAUCAUGAACAUCUACUGGCUCAUGAUAUACGAGCGGAACGACCAUCUGUACAACUAUCACAUUACUACCCUGAAAGGUCUCGCUAAUUCCGUGGAUCCUUGCCUCACGCCAAUUCGCGAAAUGGCCAGGAAGAUCUUGCGCUUCACGAAGAUCAGACCGCUCACCACGCAGCUGUCGUCCAAACAAUUCACCGAUUAUACUGAUCCCAUGUACGAAUACAGCGAAUCCUGGAACAACGCCUGGCUCCUCGACGAAUCGACUGGUAUGCCACGCGCCGGAUACUUGGAGUAUCACACCUCGGUCGCUCGUAAACCCGUCGACAAAAUGGGCAUCUACUGGAGCGCCUACGGUCUGGAUGAGAUCAUGAAGGUGAUCAAGAAGGAGUUGAUCGGCACUACGGUGGAGAACCUGACUAACAAAAAUGUGCAGAACAUCUUGAUUCGCGCCGCGCAGGACAUGCCGAUGAGGAGACCUGUUCACAUCGACAUCUGCAUCACGUUGAACGGUGUCGUCGCCGUUGUCAACCACUAUGACCAAAACACGUUCAAGAACAUGUUUGACGACAUAUACCAGCUGAAGCAAACGAUGGUCGGCAAUUUCCAAGAGAUUACAUACGACACCCUUUACGAGAUGCAGGUGCCCACCGACAUUGGUCUACAGGCGGUCCUCAGUACCAGAAUGCCUCAGCUGUGGUCGCUCAAGUUCAACAACGUUCGCACCGAGGUCAAGAUGCCGUCCGUGAACAUGAAGCUCGACGUUGACGCUCGCGUGUGGAGGCAUGGCGAGUAUGCCAUGUCGGUCUACAAUCCGAUCGUCGACGUUUGGCAUUCGAUUCGCCGCGCCACUGUCCAGGACGUCGCUAUGCCCGUGCAGAUGAGCAUCGGUUACAAUCACGAGGCGAAGAGUCUCAAGAUCACCAUGCCGAGACUGCCGGUCAACAAACUGUCGAUCACCGGAAUACGAUUCUACGCCAAGAACUUGGUGACCAUUACCGAGGACGAGCAGGACAUUCUCAAGACCUGCUGCGCUACCUGCCAUCACCACACUGUCGUUACCACCGGCGAGAAGAAACACCAUCAUGUCACCGUAGAUUCUAAAGACCUGGGUCUCAAGUAUAGCACGUCGAUCUUCGAUUGCGAAAACGAAGUGACCCCGGUGACUAACGCUGAGGAAUGGCACCGUGUGCUCUCCACGGAACACAAGAAUACUUGGAACUCGAAGAUCCUCCGAUACAUUAUGGGUAUCCGCCAAAAACUGAUUAACGACUACAUAUCACCGCAAAUGGGUAACUGUGGAAAGCUCAUGAAAAUUGAACCCAGCAUUGUUUAUCCUACGUCGCAUGUCGAUUUGAAUAUAAGAGUCAAUAUGGAAGAUGUCGAUCACAUUCAUGAAAAGAUGCACGCUCUUAGCAGCCACAAGAUCAACGUACGCGGUACCCUCGACGCCAAAGCUGCUUCCACAAACGAGUCCGUCCGCACGUGGGACGUGAACAUGAACAUUGACAUGACUCCGGGACACGUGGUCAACAAUUUCAAAGUUCAGAUGACGAGAGAGACUCCUGGAGAGAAGAAUUUGAAGAUUUGCGUAGACGCUCAGAAGAAUUACCCAGUCGUCGAAACGGAUCCCCUGAAGGUCGACACCACUAAAGAGGAAACUACUAACAAGAUGACCGUCACAGCAGGAUUUACGGAUGAGGAUAAAUGCGUCCGCGACGAGAUGACGAUCGCGAUGACUAUCAAAGGCGAGAUAACAGAAGAACAGAAGAGGCAAAUGAUGCACGACAACGUGUACGGCGCGUGCAUUAGAGAUACCCAAAACCCGCAAUUCCUGACCAAGCAGGGACACGCUGCCAAAACCAUGAAUUGCGUCCGUGAAACCAUACAAUAUACGACCAUGAAGAAGUACACCGUUAACGCAACGUACAAAAAGGUGCCUGUACAGGUAUCCUCGUAUUUCGCCAUGAUCGAAGAUCGUAUUCGCGCAUCGCAUUUGCCGCACGUGAGAUACAUCAUGGACCGCGUGGAGAGCGGUAACGCGAAGAUCAUAGUCGAGUACUCCUCCGAUCUGAGCCACGUCAACGCGACCGUCAUCACUCCGGUUAACGGAUACGAGUACAUCCAAAUUCCUUUACGGCAACAUCUCUUCGAGGGCAUGAUCGUCCACAGACCGACGCCGUCUCCACAAUGGCACCCUACCAUGGACAGUACUCGCUUCUCCGUAGGUGCUUUGUACAAAAUGACGCAGGACCAAGCUAAGAUCUGCACCAUCUACCCGGAAGCCUUGGUCACCCUAGACGAGGGCGUGAUUCCAUUCGUGGUCUUCGAUAAAUGGACCCUCGUAUCUGGCGAUCAUGUCGAUCGGACGUAUGCCAUUUUCGUCAAGUCCGUGCAAGGUACCAAGCUCGCCGUGAAGAUGUACAUUGCCGAUCAUGAGAUGGAGAUCAUACCGAACGAGUUCAAUGCCAUCGUUACCGUUGACGGUACUAUAAUCAAUCAGCACGAGAAGGGAGUCGUGGUGCCGAAAGACGAGCCGAAGUCUUACGCGUUCAAACUCACCGAGAACAACGAACAUCUCGUCGUUCAGUCCCAACGUGUGCCGGUGAUGAUGAUGUGGACCCCCAGCAGCGUGACCCUGAUGAUGGACACCACUCUGCAAGGCCACGUGACCGGCGUGUGCGGACACAUGGACGGCACGCAUAAAGAGAAACUUCCCAAGAUUUACACCGGUGUAAAUCUUUAACUAUAUAAUAUAAUUUGAAUCUACUAAAUACAAUUUUCUCCUAUAAAAAUUAAGUUCGAGUACCGAGUAGCGAGUACCGUUUUGCACAAUCAUAAGCUUAGAACACAAUUUUUAUUCAAUUACAUAAACUAUAGCACGACGAUAGUGUAGGAGUAGAAAGAGAAACAAUAAACCUUUAUUUUCCAUUUA